UGUGGACUUCCAACAUGUCCUGACAGCAAACCCACCGCCCUCGUCCUCAUGCAUCAUUUACCGCCUCAAUUAUCCCAUCUCCCCACCCCAACAUGCCCCAAACGGAACCCAAGCAUCAUAACCGUUCGCGCCCCGACCCGUACAUACAUGCAUAUCUACCACGUCGUCGGAGGCAAACAUGCCAUCGACGUACAAUUACCCAUGUGACCACGAUUGCACUCACUCACCUGCACCCAUUUUGCCCCCCGAGCGCCAGAUCGCACACCCGUCUUCCUCCUCCCCUGCGAAUCGACCUCCGCAAACCACAACCAUUGGAUGGGGGAGCUUCGCAACGCAUGACCCGGAAACGGUCCAGCAGGGCAUGCUCAGGAACGCAAGCUUGGCGGGCGCUUAACGACCUCUUCGUUGGUUGGACGGAGCCCUUCAGGCUUCAACAUUCUCUCCGCACGUACCCUCACAACUUGCUUUUCUCUUCCAUUCGUCGGCGCUGGCAAAUACGUCUGCUAGUUCGGAUGUCGUACAUGUGGACGGCUAGCGAAUCGACGGGCGGUUAUGAGCCUCAAUGGCGCCCGCUACGACCUUUGGUACCUUUUCUCCCGGACGCGUCGACGACCAAUCAGCGGGGCGAUGCGGCGCUUUCGUACAGCAUUCGUAGGUCCUGUCGUCCGUGAGAGGACUGUCUGUCUACACAGUGCGUUUGAAUUGGGCCGGGCGGUUCUAGCAAAUUAAAGGCUGGAGCUGCAGACUCGUACAAGGCGGCGCUAUAUGCAAGCAAGAUACAAGGUUUGGGGUCAAUAGAAGUCGUGGAAUGGUUGGGGACUUGGAGUCGCGUGUGUUGUCGACUUGUAUCUACUCGUCUUUUCCGACUUUUUCGUCGUCUUCUGUCUUCCACUCACACGUUCCUUCUUCUUCACUUACUACUGCAUCGUUUUGCUGCCUUGCUAUUCAGAGGGGGUUUGUUUCUUCUUAUUGUUAUUGUAUUCG